GAAUAAUAAAAUGAAUGAAUGAAUGAAACCUACUGGCUGUAGAUGAGCAGUUAGGCGCUGGGUGGCACUGUAUAAACGCUGUUAAAUCUCCUGUGCUUAGCCGAAGAAGUUGCUAAAAAACAUGGCGGCUAAUCAGAAAGAUGCUAAACGCGACAAGCCUCCUAAAAUGGAGUCUCAGCCACUAAUUCUGGUCAAAACUACCGCAGAGGAGCAGCGACUCAAACUGGAGAAGUUAAUGCGCAACCCGGACAAACCAGCAAACGUACCGGAACGCCCGAAAGAAUGGACUCCACGUUCUGCUCCAGAGUUUGUACGGGAUGUCAUGGGAUCCAGUGCUGGCGCAGGCAGCGGCGAGUUUCAUGUCUACAGACACUUAAGGCGGCGAGAGUAUCAGAGACAAGACUUUCUGGACAAAAUAACAGAAAAGCAAAAGCUGGAUGAAGAUUAUCAAGAGAAAUUAAAGGAAAACCAGAAGGCAGCUGAGGAUAGGACUGCCAAACGGAGAAAGAAGAGGGAAAAGCUGAAACAGAAGAAGCUGAUGGCCAAAAAAGCAAAGCAGGAGGACAAAAAAGAAACAGAUUCAGGUAAGGAAGAGUCCUCAGCCAGCGAGAAGGAAUCAGAGGAGGAAGAAUCGCGAGAGGACGAUGCAGAAGAGCCCAGCUUUGUCAUGGGAAAGAGGUGAUUCUCGGAAGGGAAUUGUGGUGUCAGCACUGGGAAAGCACCGGGACGCGUGCUGGCCAAGAAUCCCAGUCAACAAACCAGAAAAAAUACAAAUGACUUUAAAAUGACCCUGUCUGAUCUUGUGAAGAAUGAGGAUUGGUAACGAUUGCUGUAUUGUGUAAGUUCAUUAUGUGGAGCCUGUACGUUUUAAACUGUACAAAGUAUGUUUUUAAUAAAGUGGCACAAAAGAAUGAAA